AUGCAAAGCAGCAUCGCGAAGGACAUGAAGGGAGGAAAUAAUGCGGCGAAGAAAGAAGCAGAAGGGACCAAGAAGGAAGUGGUGAUCUCGGCCAACGUCCUCCAGCUGAACGAGUGCCGAGAGGAAGAGCAAGCAGAAGAAGGGGAUCCUUUCAGCAGUUCGAGGGAUGGACAACGAAAUCAGUGGAAAAGAGACGAUGCCGCUUACAGCAGGAGACGGAGCAGCAGCUUGAGUAAGCAGGAAGAAGGCAGCAUGGACAACGAAAGGAAGAAUAACACAUUUGAGCGAACCAGCUAUGCUAUCCAAAACAGAAGAAAAAAAAAAAAAAAAAAAAAUCGAAUCCAAAUGUUUAGAGUACUGAAUUAUAUAUACAAAGCGUUCACUUCGAUGCUUAGCUUACUAAUCGUCAUUCUGAUUCUCUACGCGUCCAUCGAUAUAUCGACAAACUAUGGACCGAUAAUCAUCGUCUAUAUACUAAUCCUUGAGUUUGGCAGCAUGCUGAUCUCGUAUAUCUUGCUGCAGUUCCCCUUCUUCUAUCGAAUGAUUAAGAAUGUGUUUACACGAGCGAGGAAUGUAAAUAAGUAUUCUCAUCAGUACAAGCCGUUUUACUACGAUAGUCCGUCGAACAGUGACGACAAAGAUUCUAUAAGCAUCGAGAGGGGAAAGAGCAAAAGACGCAGGAACACCUUCGCCUUAUUCAGCAUCAACAGGAAUAAUAAACGGUACAGCAUUAAGACGCUCUUUACUGGGUUUAAGUCGAAGAAGGGAAAGAAGAAGGGCAUAAUAAAGGAUGGCCCGGGAGAGGGUGCCCCCCAGGAGGAGCAGCCUCCCAACGGGGUAGCCCCUUCCGGAGACGUCUCUCGGAAUAGCCGCCUGCACCACGGAGCAACGAGCGGCCCCAAGCGACAGAGCAUUUACUUGGAUGAUUGCAACAUGUGGAUGAAUAGCGAUAUGAAGAAAGUGAAUAAGAAGAAGAAGAAUUUCACUCUGUCAAGAUCACUCAGCUUUAACAUGAAAUUGGACGAAGAGAAUGACAUGAUGAUGAGAGACUCGGCUAGUCUGGACAAUAUCAAGAUUCUGCUGGGUCACCCGACGAGCAAAUUUGUCGCAAACAAGAACAAAGUAAAGGCGAGGAAAUCGUCCAUAUAUAAUAAGUACGUGCCGCUCACCUUCAUUUCGUCUUAUAAAAAUAAUAUGGUUACUGAGUUUUUGAAGUCGCACACGGAGAACAUGCGCUCGAUGAGUUCGGAGUACUCGUCAUCGGACAGCCAGGGGGACGGGGACUCGGGCAGGUACAAGAAGGUGUACGUUGGGAGGAGUGACGCGGGAAGGAGGAGGAGGACAGAGGGGAUAGCGAAGUAUCCCGUGGACGACAAGGACAUCGACGAUGAUGAGGGGGAGGAGGAGAGCGGGCCGAAGAAGAUGCUGAACCGGGAAAUAAAGUCGCACACGAAAGAGAACACCGACGCGGCGACGAGCCUCUACGCAGCGAAGAGUGCAAUCCUGUUUAGCAAUAAGAAACAGAAGAAAAAACACCAGUAUAGACAGCUAAUCAGAGGUAGGACUCGAUAUUUUAAAAGAAUCCCAUGGGUGAACCGAGUGAAGAAGUUCUUCUAUUUUUUCAUCAAUUACAAUAUGAAGUCUUCCAAAUCGACGAAUAAUAUCUUCCUUUUCUUUAGGGGGCUAUCCCUCUACAUAAAACACCGAUUUAUGCAUUAUUUGUCGUACGAGCCGGUGUGGAUUAUCGCCAUCUUAAUUCGCAUCGUCAUGUGGUGUAUCGUGUGGCUGUGGGCAGCUAGCUAUAUGGAAAGGAACCCAAAAAAUUUCCAAAUAACAGCAUGGAACAUGAAGAACGUGCCGUCUUUCUAUGGGUACAUUGAGUGCACCUUCCAGUGGUGUGGAGUCUUCGAUUACUUCUUCGGACUGUACUUCACGAAUAAUAAGCUCAAGUAUAUAUUUUCCUUUUUCUCACUUAUCGAUUUUAUUACCACGCCAGUUUCUUCGCUAAUAAUGAACGCUAUAUGUGAAAAUAAGUACAGCCAAAAUUACUGGUUUUUGAUUUUAGGUCCUCUUCGAUUUUUGCGGCUAGUCAGAGCAGAGAGCACCAUCAGUUCGUGCUUCUUCUGGUUGAGCGACGUGAAAAUUAUAAUCAUUGGGAUAAUCAUUCUGGCGUUAGCGAUUCUGUUUACCUUUUCGGGCAUUAUGUACAUAUUAGAAGCACCAGACAUAGAACGUGACUUUGUGAGUCCCCUCGAUUUUGUCUACUUCGGAGUGAUAACCAUGUCGACCGUUGGGUACGGAGACUACACUCCAGUGACCCCAGCAGGGAAGUGCCUCACGAUGUUCAUUAUAGUCACCUGCAUCAGUUUCGUCGGGGCUCAAUUCAAGCGACUGAAAGAAGCCAUGUUUAGUCCAAAGACAAAUAUGGGCAUUAUUCCAAAACAGGACGAUGAUUAUAUACUUAUCCUUGGCCCAGUGAGCCCAACUCAGCUUCUCUACAUUUGCAAGGCCAUUAAUAAUAGUUUCCCUAAUUCGGUAGAGUCCAUAUUUCUUUUCACUCCCCUACCAGUCGUUAUUUAUCGCUUUGUCUAUGGAAGCAUCGUGAAGAACACCAACAUCAAGCUGUGCAUUAACGGAGGAAACGAAUGCUUCAUCUGUCCUAGUAUCAUCUACGAUGCGGUAAUUAAUGCGAGGGCUCUUUACAUUCUCAACAACGUGGACGCGGAGAAGUAUACCCUCCUAUAUCAACAGAUCUUCCUUGCCAGCAAUAACUUAAAUUUCAGUAACAAUGACCAGAAUCAGAAAAUCACAUCAAACGAUAUAUUGCACAAUAAUAUAAUAAACAAGUUUAAUAGAGAAAAGGCGAAGAAGUGGAAAUACUCCGAUUUUCUCUCCGACUACAAAAAUGAGAUAAGUAAAAAUAAUAUGAACAAUUUGGAGAUGAAUAUUAACAUUAACGAUUCCCAUGUGGUGAAGGAAAAAGACGAUCAAGAGUGUCUCCUCCGAUUUAUAGGAACGUACAACAUUUGCCACACACUCCUUCCCAUCACUAUACAACUCUCUAAUAACACUUACGAGGAACUGGUAAAAUCGAUGAAGGUGUAUAAUUACCUCAGCAUGGAAGAACUCAAAUAUGCUCUCCUUGCUAAGAGCAUUAAUUGUAAGGGCCUCUUUUUUCUAAUAAUUAACUUUUUUUACAAACCGAAGGCUGUGAAGAGCCUGAAGAAGUAUAUCAUCGAUUUGAAGCUACUCAUGUAUAAUAGAAUAUUAAAACGGAAGAACAGGGAAAAGAUGAAUAACGGUGGUGUGUCGAUUAACCAGGGUAGCGAUAUUUCUUCCAUCAGCUCGGACAUGUCUUUUGGGGGGACAGUCUCUUACCUCAAGGGGGGCAAGUCCGCCCGGAAAGGGGGUACCCUCCAUACCGCCAAUACGGCUAAUACGGACAAGGUGGGAAUUCAACAUAGCAGCGAACCGAAAGGGGAAAACAAAAUAAGCACACGGGGAAAGGGAAGAACGGCCGCUUCCAAUUACAACGAAAUGCUGCCACUCAACUCCAUCGACGAACUGGACUUCUCACGCACACCGAGCUAUCGAAAUUAUUAUUACAUGCUGGACAGGGUCAGUGUGAAUAUGUAUUACUACCUGGAGGGACUAAAGUACAACAUUUAUCGCUUCCAGUUCCCUGAAUGCAUGAGGGGGUUUCUUUUCCAGACUGCGACGGAGUAUCUCUACCAGAAGUAUAGUGCCUUCCUCAUUGGCAUAAUAACAAUCAAUAAAGAAAUUUUCCUCAACCCUGUGGAUUAUAUCAUUGGGGAAGAGAACAAGUUUUACUACACAUCUGCUUUUUCUGGCAUUGUCCUGACGACCAGCCUGGAUAAUCUCAUCAAGCUGUCCUCCAUUAAGAACAUCUCGAAGAAGGUCUAUGAGUACAACGACCGCCGCAUCAGCGAGCGAUUCAGAGGGAAUGCCGCCGCGCCGAGGGACGCCACUAAAGUGAACGCCACUAAGGAGAACUCGGCUGGAGUGAACCCCGCCAGGGGGAAGGUCAACUUUAACUCGAGCGCCGGCAAUUCGGGAAGCGACGGGAAGGGGCGCGGCGAGGCCGACGGGUCGGUGCACCGCCACGCGGAAUGCCAAUCGGAGCGCCACUCAGAACGGCACACGGAGCACCAAUCUGAGGAGGAGAAGGUACCCCGGAGGAGCAACCUCCUCUACAACUUCUUCCUUGGCAUCUACGAAGUCGACAACUACAUAUCGGCGUACCGGGACAUCUUCAUCGAGAAGGACAAGCCUUUGCUGCUGGUGUGCGGCUGGCCAGACAACAUACACCUGUUCCUCAAGCACCUGCAGGUGAACCCGGGCAAUUGGCUCCGGCACAGAAGGAAGAGGAAAAGGCAGAAGGGGGAAAAGCUCCAAACGGGGGAGACGAAGAAGGAACCGCGAGGCGAACAACCCAUCGUGCAUGUCAACAGGCGAGGAAGCGACAUCUCCUGUAGCGAUGACUCCCGUGGCGAUGACUCCCGGGGCGAUGACUCCUCGCGAAAGAAAAAAAGGGUUGGGGGAAAAAUCAAAUACAACAUAAUCAUCCUGUCUCUUCAUGUACCAAAAUUCAAUUACGAGAACGACCUGAUGAAUUUCUCCCAUAACGUGGCGUUCAUCCGGGGCUCGGCCCUUAACAGCACGAACCUUAUACAGGCAGGCGUGUUCUACGCGAAGAGGCUCAUCAUCUUCAACGCCAACCACAGCCUAUUCAUUGACAAAGACGCCUACCGGAUCGACAACGAAGUAAUCAUAAUAAAGAACGUCAUAUACCAGCUGUACAAUAGUGUGCUGAAAAGCAGGUUCAAUUACAUGAAUUUGGUGAAAAAGGUCUUCAAAAAGGAGAUCAAGGCCGUUAAUAUUAACGAGAAGGUGUUCGCCAGUGACGCUCCGUUUCAACUGAACGAGAUGAUAAGGGUGAAGAAGACGUGCUCGUCGACAGGGCCACCUGCGACAUCCUCUCUGGAAUCUUCGGCGGAAUCCUGUGCCUCGUCAUCUGCGUCGUCUCCUGCCUCAUCUGCUGCAUCCUCCGCGUCGUCCGCCUCUCCCCCUUGGCGAGGGUCGCACUUGUCGCUGCGGGAAAAGUGCAAAACGCUGAGCAUUUUCAACAUCAACCGGAACCCCUACCUCAUCUGCUUGAUUAAAAAUUCGGAGAGCCUGGAGUAUAUCGACGGAAGUAUCAACUUGUCCUAUGAAAAUUAUAACGACAAUGAGAAGAUGAACAAGAUCUGGGAAAAUUGUGGAGAGUAUAUUUACACAUUUGAGUUGGUCUCUGCCAACAUUUUUGUGGACGAGAUGCUACAUAAUUUGGUAUCCUUUUCCCUACCCAUAAGUAAAUACGCCAUUGAGUACUCAGUCAUUUAUUCCCUCAUCGGGAUCGACAUAAAUGAAUACUCCAAGAACGCCAAAGCUUUCCACAAGAAUUUAAAGUUAUGUACAGGUCAGGUGAAUUUGAUUCCAAUCCCAUCUUAUUUUUACAAGAAGAGUUUUUACAAAUGUUUCUCCUACUUCCUUCACAACAAGCAGUGUUUGUGUAUUGGCAUUUUGCGUUACAUGGACAUUUCGCCGCUGUGCAAGACGUCCCGCAAGCUCUUCGUUCUGUCUUGCCCCUCGCGCACAAUGAAAAUUGAACGUGACGAUCAGGCUUAUGUCAUCUCGUACAACAUGAAGUAA